GCUAGAGGGAAGGGAUGGCCGGGCGGGCGGCGCGGCUGGUGCUGCUAGCUGGGGCAGCGGCGCUGGCAAGCGGCUCCCAGGGCGACCGCGAGCCGGUGUACCGUGACUGCGUGCUCGGGUGCGAGGAGCGGAACUGCUCCGGAGGCGCGCUGAAGCACUUCCGCUCCCGCCAGCCAAUCUACAUGAGCCUAGCAGGCUGGACCUGUAGAGACGAAUGUAAGUAUGAGUGCAUGUGGGUCACUGUCGGCCUCUACCUCCAAGAAGGUCACCAAGUGCCUCAGUUCCAUGGCAAGUGGCCCUUCUCCCGGUUCCUGUUCUUCCAAGAGCCAGCUUCUGCUGUGGCCUCCUUCCUCAAUGGCCUGGCCAGCCUGGUGAUGCUCUGCCGCUACCGCACCUCUGUGCCCGCAUCCUCCCCUAUGUACCCCACCUGCGUGGCCUUCGCUUGGGUCUCCCUCAAUGCUUGGUUCUGGUCCACAGUCUUCCACACCAGGGACACCGACCUUACUGAGAAAAUGGACUACUUCUGUGCCUCCACCGUCAUCCUCCACUCAAUCUACCUGUGCUGUGUCAGCUCUGGGUGGCGGGGCAGGACUGUGGGGCUGCAGCGCCCAGCUCUGGCCAGUGCCUUCCGGGCCCUCCUGCUGCUGCUGCUGACAGCGCACAUCUCCUACCUGAGCCUUGUCCGCUUCGACUACGGCUACAACCUGGCGGCCAAUGUGACCAUUGGCCUGGUCAACGUGGUGUGGUGGCUGGCCUGGUGCCUGUGGAACCGCCGGCAGCUCCCCCACACACGCAAGUGCGCGGUGGUCGUCCUGCUGCUGCAGGGGCUGUCCCUGCUCGAGCUGCUCGACUUCCCGCCUCUCUUCUGGGUCCUGGACGCGCACGCCAUCUGGCACAUCAGCACCAUCCCCGUCCACGUGCUCUUUUUCAGCUUUCUGGAAGAUGACAGCCUUUACCUGCUGAAGGAAUCAGAGGCCAAGUUCAAACUGGACUGAAGGCCCUGGCGGGGGUCUGGACUGGUGGGAUCCUGUCCCCUCCAUGUUGGCAUCCCUUCUUCCCCCAAUCCUGGAUAUGAUUUAUUUUUCUUUAGUAUCUUGAACUUGGACAUGAAGGGUGUGUGGGCCCAGAAUCAUGUAACCUGCCCACCCCCUUGCUCACCCCCACCUGGUGCUCACAGGGCUUGGGGUCUGUUGCGGCCUGGUCUCUCAGCAUACGGGGCUAGGAAACCUGCAGCCCCUCUGGUGCCUGGAACUGAACUGGGGGGACCUGUGUUCCUAGCACCUCCAAGAGGAGAGCUGCCUUCUCCUCCUCAGCCUCUCACAUCCCCUCACAGCCUGGUGGUUUCCAAACAAAGUCCUUUGGGAGACCAGGUACCACAGGCCUUUGGGGGUACAGUGAGCCCCCUUCUGUUACCCCCCCAUGUCCUCCUCCAGGGUACCACUAGGUGGCACUAGAUACUCGCUCUUUGGCUGCUCAAGCUUCAGGCAGGUCUUUUUCUUCCCAUGGGAUCUUGAGGGACCAAGCUGCUGGGGACUGGAGAAUGGUCUCACCCAGACUGUCGCCCCCGCCAGGCCCCCACAGGCCUCAUCAGAAAGCCCAAGACAGGACUUCUCUGGCCCCUGGGCUGCUGUUCUGACUGGGAGUCUGCAGAGGAGUGUGUGGAGGAGUGUGGCCCUGGCCGAGAGCAGAGGGGGAUGGUCAGCUUUAGGUAUGGGCGGGGAGCAGGUGAGUCAGUGUGGGUUAGUAGACUGUAUAGACUGAUGUGAGCUGCUGGUGAGUGCAGGCGAAUGUGUCACUCCGUGGGGUGGGGGGACUCUGGAGAAGUGGGGGUUAAGCAACUAUAUUGAGUACUAAUUUUGCUCAAGGCCCUAGGCCAGGCAAAGGGCUAGAUUAUCCCUACGAUCUGGCUUGGGGUUUGGGUCCAGGCUGUACGUGUGUGUAUGUGUUCCAUUGCCCCCUCCUUUGCAAUCUCAUAGGGCCCCCCACAACUCAAAGUCGCCCUCCACAACCAGCCCCUCAGAAGGCAGAGAGAGAAGGGAAAAUGGGGAUCCUCUAAGUCCUUUCCGGCCUCCCUGUCUCUGCCUAUGCAUGGUCCAUCUUCCCCUGCCCCAGUGCCCUGCCUGCUAAGCCCCUUUGUGGCUGCCUGCACCUAGGUGGGGAGCGGACUGAGGGAGGAGGCUUGAGGCUGGGUCCAGUUUCUGGCCUCCCCAGAGGCAGGCAGGAGCCACACUGUGACUGGUAGAGGAGCCCUCCCCACACUGUGGCUGGUAGCCACACCGUACCCUGGUAGAGGAUCCCUCCCCACUGCCCCGCCGCAGCCUGAGCACAUUCCGCUCCACAAGGGUAGUAUGUGGAGCUCCAGAAACUUCCCAUCCCAUCCAGUCUGUGAUUGGAGCCGGGAGUCUGAAUUUGUCCCUCCUUAAGGGUAGGGGCGCUAUAUUGGGACUCCAACCUCAGGGACUUGGGUGGCUUCAUUUCUUUUGGUAUGAGACUAUUUUAAGGUGGGAGGGAAGCAAGGGACAUUCCUAAUAAACCAAUUCUCAGCCUCACGUACCCUUGUGCACUCAUUUGUGUGAUCAGGGGAUGGAGGAGAUGGAGCUGGCAGGAGGCAGUAGAGGAGUGGGCUCUC